GGUUUAGGGUUUCCACUAAGCAGGGCCUGAAAUCGCUCACCUGUGCAGCGUUGCCUGGCUACGCUCAUCUUUAAUUGAACACGGCAGACCCGACGGCAGACGCCGCACACUUCUCCACGCAGGAGUCCGACGAGACGACGACGUGCGAGCCAGAGCCCAUGCAGAACGGAGAGGCCAUGAGUCCGGACGCGCAGGACUCCAGAGGAGCGCCGGGGGACGAGGAGAGCCAGGGAGCCGUCCCGUCUGCGCCACCGCUGCCCCAGGAGCCUCCAGCGUGUCCCAGACCCAAACUGGUGUUUCACACGCAGCUGGCGCACGGGAGCCCCACGGGACGCAUCCACGGCUUCACCAACGUCAGGGAGCUCUACGCCAAGAUCGCCGAGGUCUUCAACAUCUCCGCUUCCGAGAUCCUUUUCUGCACGCUGAACUCACACAAAGUGGACAUGCAGAAGCUGUUGGGUGGUCAGAUCGGUCUGGAGGACUUCAUCUUCGCCCAUGUGAGGGGAGAAACCAAAGAAGUGGAGGUCGUUAAAACCGAGGACGCGCUCGGCCUCACCAUCACCGAUAACGGCGCCGGAUACGCCUUUAUUAAAAGGAUAAAGGAAGGCAGCACCAUCGACCGAAUCAAAACGGUGUGUGUCGGCGAUCACAUCGAGGCCAUUAAUGACCAGAGCAUUGUGGGAUGUCGGCAUUAUGAAGUGGCAAAGAUGCUAAAGGAGCAGCCGAGAGGAACACCGUUCACCCUGCGCCUAGUCGAGCCCAAGAAAGCCUUCGACAUGAUAGGCCAGAGGACGCGAGCGCCCAAGUCCAGCGAGGGCAAAAUGGUUAGCGGGAAGGAGACGCUGCGGCUGCGUUCCAAAGGAUCGGCCACGCUGGAGGAAAUCCCCAACGAGUUUGAAGACAAGGUCAUUAAGAAGGUUGACGACCUGCUGGAGAGUUACAUGGGGAUUCGAGACCUUGAGCUCGCGACUACCAUCGUGGAAGCUGGGAAGAACAAGAAGAACCCGGAUGAUUUCGCAGAGGCGCUCGACUCCGUUCUGGGCGAUUUUGGCUUCCCGGACGUCUUUCUGUUUGACGUUUGGGGCGCUAUGGGAGACGUGAAGAACGGGCGCAUUUAGAGAGUCAUCUGAGAGACUUUCAGCUUGAUUUGUGACGUCUGUCAUCUGUUUUCAUACACACAAUCCUCACAAUGCCCACCUUGAUCCUGAGGAACGGAGAACGUUGUGGUAUUAGCGGCUAAUUGGUGUGCUAACGCAAACAUUUAAGGGUGUAGAGCAAUACGAAGUAGGUCAAACUGUAUUUCCCACCAAUGUGUAUAGCUAACUAGGGUGUGUUUUACAUGAUAAAUUUGACUUUUGAAGUAUUACGAUUUAACAUAUGUUAGCUUAUCCUAGCCUCUGUUUGUUUUGCCGUCUGUUGUUUCGAAUAUAAAUACAUUGUGUUACAGGUGAAAUGAAUGGUCUUUUAUGAUUAAUGACAGAUCUUGUGACACGCUUAUCUUGUGUAUAUAUGAAUAAUCAAAUAUUGAAUGAAUUCUAUGCACACAUUCAAUGUGUAUUUAACUUUAAAAUCUACUAAAAGUGUUUGCGUAUUGUAUAUCCUGUUUUACAAUGGACAUGCUCCUUUUAGAUGACCUGAUGUGACAAAUUUGAAAUUGUGUAAAGAUUAAAAACAUACCACAAAUUUA